UAACAAGACGUGCAUUCGGGGUUCUGCAGUACACUGCGUGAUGUGGCUUCAAGCAUGUUAGCUAAUUGACUUUAUUCUUGUUGCAAACAUCAUCAAAAACAAAACGCUCAUGCUAAAAGAAAACUUACGGGCCACUUUUGUAAGACGGAAGCCUCGUUGCUAAACAGAUACUUAUGCACAGCUUACCCUUUUUGCUGGAAAAAAAAGUGCGCGGAGGAAUAAAAAAAGAAGAAGAAGAAAAAAAAAGCAACACGUAUCCGGUUUGAUUCCAUAGAGAGAGUGGGAGAGUGAGUGAGCGAGAGAUAUAAACACGUGUGGAGAGGAGAAACGGGUCUUACAGCGCGUGGAGGAAUUGCUAAUAAGAUUUGAUAUUUAAAAUCAACACGGAUUUGUGCACAGGAAUAAUGCGGAGCGUUUGGAUAAUCUUUACGUUCGGUCUGGUGACCUUUCUAUCGGGUGAAAUGACAGUGGCAGCUUCACAGGGUCAAACUUCUCCUGACGAAAAGGAUUUGUAUCUUGAGGAUGGGUCCGGGGAUUACCCAGUAGAUGAUGAUGAUUUUAAUUCUGGGUCAGGCUCGGGUCUCGAUGUGGAAACUGAGGAGUCAGUCAUUGUGAAAACGAAUAUGUUUCCAGAAGCACAACCAACCAGGGACUCGGCAAAAGUAUUCACACAGAAAGCUGAGACAUCUACAGCCAAAGCCCGAAUGCUGCCUAAGGUUCCUGCCAGAACCGAGCCGCCAGUUCUGGUCAUGGAUACAGAUGUAAACAUAGAGGAUUUAACGAGCGCAACUAGUAAGCCAAAGGUAUCUGGCAGUGGUGUGGACACAGAUGUGUCUGCAGAGAUCCAGUCAGAAAGCCUCUUCCAGAGAACAGAAGUAUUGGCAGCUGUAAUUGCUGGUGGAGUGAUUGGGUUCCUGUUUGCAAUCUUCCUGAUCGUACUGCUGGUGUACCGCAUGAGGAAGAAGGAUGAAGGCAGCUAUGACCUUGGGGAACGCAAACCGUCCAGCGCUGCCUAUCAGAAGGCACCUACCAAGGAAUUUUAUGCAUAAACAUUAUGGCGAGUCUGAUUUGAGAUCAAUGAACUUUAAAAAAAACAAAAAAAAAACAAAUUAAUUUAAAAAAAAAAACAAGCUUUUGUUUAGAGUAAUGAAGACCUUUUUUCUAUAAAAAAAAGAAGCCAACAAGGCAGUUUUAUGGCGAAUCCCAGUGUAAUUAAAUAUUUCAUGUAUUCUUUAAAAGGCUGGAAAACAAAACAAAAAAAAACUUUAAUUUGUAACUGAGAAGCAGUGGAGUUGUCUAAUGAAGCCAUUGUUUUUCACAGACUAGUCUUUAAUAAAGCAGUAUAUGUAAAAAGACGAUGGGAAUAAUUGAAUAUAAUUGUUGUGUAUCUAUCUUUUAAUUAUAAGUCAUAGCAUGUGAGGUUGAUCGACAAGAUGUACUUCAUUAAUUUAUCUGUUUUUAAAAUGUUUAAAAUUGCCUUUCUGUAGUUUUCGUGGUGCAAUUUUGUCUCCAAAUAAGAUAGCAGUAAGUGUAAAUGUAGUAUUUUUUAUUUUUUUUAUUUUUUCCUAGGUACUUUGUAAACUGGCUUUUGCUUUGUAUGAAAUAGUCAAGAUUGGGAAUGUCUUACUACUUCGUUUCUUAAUGUAGUUUCAGUCAGAUUUUCAACAGCAGCAUCUUUGUACUGAACAAACUGGUCUUGACUCUGCAAACUGUGUAGUUGUUUCUUUACUUUGACGAUCUUCAGGAUAGAAUAUUUGAUCUAAGCUACUGACAGAAAAGCCUAAGCAAACCCAAAGACUUACAGUAUUCUAAAAGUUGCUGCAGAUACCUUCGGCCACUUUUAAUAUCCUUCCUUUCUAUUAAAAGGUUUGAUUACAGACUGAUAAUUUGGAAUCCAGCUGCUUAAAAAUACAUACUUACAAAUGUUUUAAGCCUCCUGAAGUGCCUACCAUUCUAAAUUGUGCUUUAUGUAUUGCAGAGUGUAAGAUUUUUGCUGGCAGUUUAUAAGCACAAGCAAUUGUUAUGGCAACUUGUGUAGUCUUACAGAAACAGACAGUAUUGUAUCUAUAAUUUGAAACACACUACUGAAUAAACAUUAUGGCCUAAUA